UUUUUGUUCUUUCGCUACAAAUCACAACCACAAAAAUCCACUUUAUAUACCUCUAGAUUUCUCUUGCCAACACCUCCCUCCCUCCCUCCCUCCCUCUCUCUCUCUCUCUCUCUCUCUCUCUAGAUUUCUUGUUUUUGUUCAUCGCCAUGGCCAAUAACUACAGUUUCUUAUGUCUUAUAGGAGCCAUAGAUCGUCUGUGGUUUCACCAAACCAUUCUUUUCUCUGAGCCAAUUUCAUUAUUUAGUCCCAAGGGUAGUACCAUUGAAGAUCAAACAUCUCAGGACUCCAUUGUCACAGAUUCUUUUACUUACCCAUCAUCCACCAUCUCCUUCUUGCCUCAUGCAGAUGAAGAAUUCGAUUUCUCACCACUUUUAUAUGAAGACAACUCAUCAGAUUCACCACAAAUGACCACUCCACAGGAUGAUUCCAAUAAUGAAGAGGAGGAUGACAUGAACUCGAACGAAUUCAUCAACGUGCAGAAGAAGAAAACUAGACCAACAAGAUUAAAUAUGUUGGCCAACAGAAUGUUAAUUCGGUCUCAGUCAUCUGAUCACCAAAAACGUCCCCGGAAAAACAGAACAUGCUCAUCAUCCAGAUCAUCACCAGGUUAUGCAACGGCUGCCACAGCGGCGCAAAAGCUUCAGAAAUCGAUGAGCUGCCGGAGCUUGGGGGAACUAGAGCUCGAAGAAGUUAAGGGGUUCAUGGACUUAGGGUUCACGUUUAAGAAAGAACACUUGAGUCCAAGAAUGAUGAGUUUAGUACCUGGCUUGCAGAGACUUGGUGUGUCUAAUAGUAAAAAGUUACGGAAUAAAAAUGAUGAUUCUGCUGAAAUUGAAGUAGCACCUAAUGAAGAUAAAGAUGAUGAAAAAGGGGGUGAAGUGAUGAGGCCUUACUUAUCAGAAGCGUGGCUUAUAAAACGGCCAGAUUCGCCCUUGCUAAACCUGCGGUUGCCGAGAGUCUCCGCAGCUGCUGACAUGAAGAAACAUCUGAAGUUUUGGGCUAGAACUGUUGCUUCUGAAGUUUUGGGCUAGAAUAGUUGUAUAAAAAGAGAUUGUAAUUGUAUAAAGUAGUAAAGAAGUGGAAAAGCAAGGGGUCAGAGAACCUGUUUUCAGUGUCUCUUUUUGGUCGAAAUAAUUUUAUAAAGCCAAAGGCUUAUUUUCA